AUGGGAGUGGGCUGCACAGCUGUGAAGCUGGAAAGCAUUGCUGUGCACUGUGGAGCACACGGACAGCCACGUAGAGGCAUAGGGCACAGAGAGGGCAGAGGGGGCAGAGGGGGCGGAGGAGGGGGCGGAGGAGGGGGCGGAGGAGGGGCCGGAGGAGGGGGCGGAGGAGGGGGCGGAGGAGGGGGCGGAGGAGGGGGCGGAGGAGGGGGCGGAGGAGGGGGCGGAGGAGGGGGCGGAGGAGGGGGCGGAGGAGGGGGGGAGGAGGGGGCGGAGGAGGGGGCGGAGGAGGGGGCGGAGGAGGGGGCGGAGGACGGGGCGGAGGACGGGGCGGAGGACGGGGCGGAGGACGGGGCGGAGGACGGGGCGGAGGACGGGGCGGAGGACGGGGCGGAGGACGGGGCGGAGGACGGGGCGGAGGACGGGGCGGAGGACGGGGCGGAGGACGGGGCGGAGGACGGGGCGGAGGACGGGGCGGAGGACGGGGCGGAGGACGGGGCGGAGGACGGGGCGGAGGACGGGGCGGAGGACGGGGCGGAGGACGGGGCGGAGGACGGGGCGGAGGACGGGGCGGAGGACGGGGCGGAGGACGGGGCGGGGCGGGGGCGGGGCGGGGGCGGAGGGCGGAGGGGGGGCGGAGGGGGCGGAGGGGGGGAGGGGGGGCGGAGGGGGCGGAGGGGGCGGAGGGGGCGGAGGGGGCGGAGGGGGCGGAGGGGGCGGAGGGGGCGGAGGGGGCGGAGGGGGCGGAGGGGGCGGAGGGGGCGGAGGGGGCGGAGGGGGCAGGGGGGCAGAGGGGGCAGAGGGGGCAGAGGGGGCAGAGGGGGCAGAGGGGGCAGAGGGGGCAGAGGGGGCAGAGGGGGCAGAGGGGGCAGAGGGGGCAGAGGGGGCAGAGGGGGCAGAGGGGGCAGAGGGAGAGGCAAAGUAGUAUACGCCACUCUGCUGCGCUCUCCGCAUCGACCUCAUCGCGCUCUCCGUUCCCCGCUCCGCUGCUACUCCGCGCUAAGCCGCGCCAAGCAAUUCAAACGAUGA